UUACCUUAAAACUGUUAUACUCCUGCAACCUUCUCUUAAGAAAGGUUGAGUUUAUCUGAUAUGAUCCUUUGACUCUGUUGACACAUUUAUCUAACAAAACUGUUUUCCUUAACCCUAACCCUAACCUACAUUCUUUUUCAGCUAAUGAAUAUCACUCAGCCCGUUGGUCAAGAUGCUUCUACAGCUCCAGUAAUCUCGAUGACAUGGUCUUAAUUGAAAGCUUCUACUUUAAUAAAUAUCUAUUUGUACAGUUCAACAGCACUGUGGGGAAGUUUGUCGGGUUUAAUGAGUAUGGAAUAAGUGUUGCAGAGGACUGGAACAAUAGCCCCUUUGUGAUAUCAAUGAGAGAAAGUGUUGACGCAGAUUGCAGAUUUAAUAUUAGAGACAGGGAUCCAGCUGUCCGUGAUAAAUCAGUGAAACCAAAAGUUAAGCUCAGUUUAGUGGAACAGGCUGGUGGCAGUCAUCCAGCUGUGUUGAUAUGCAGCGCAUAUGAAUUUUAUCCAAAACACAUCAAAGUGUCUUGGCUGAGAGAUGGCGAAGUAAUGACCUCAGACAUGACCUCAGUUAUGGAAAUGGCUGAUGGUGACUGGUACUACCAGAUACAUUCUGAGAUUGCCUACAUCCCAAAAUCUGGAGAAAAGAUCUCUUGUAUGGUGGAGCAUGCCAGCUCAACUCAACCCAUCGUCACAGACUGGGAACCAUCUCUUCCUGUGUCUGAGAAGAUUAAAAUCGGUAUCGGGGUGUCUUUUCUGGUGCUGGGAGUUAUUAUAGCAGUUGCUGGACUCAUUUACUACAAGAUUAAAUUAACAGAGAGGCCCUCUCCUUGACAACAACAGUGGGUUUCAUAAUUUUUAUGAAGCCACUUGCUUCAUAAUUAUAAUAAAUGUAAUUAUAGUAAUUUCAGGUUCUCGUUCUGACUGCAAUGGGACUGCAAUGGGGAAAAACAUCUAUGAUCAUCAAAUCUGACACUGAUAUAUUGUAUGUGUGUAUAUGGUAUGAAUUUAAGAUCACAUUUGAGCACCUUAUAAAAAUAGAAAUUGAUGGA